AUGGACGUGUUAGGACGGCGUUUGUGUUUGCACCUUGAAAGCAGAUAUUUUAUAUUCUUAAUAGCAUUAAUAUUACACGUAACGUCCUCUCAUGGAAUAGGCGAAAUAAUAUACGCCGUAAAUUGCGGUGGUGGGGCCCACGUGGAUGUGUACGGCAUCCAUUACCAAAAAGAUCCGCUAAACAUUGGCGUUCCCUCCGAUCAUGGAAAAGUUCUAACGAUAAGAAGGGCGCCCCCACCAGAUCAAAUUUUGUACCAAACUGAAAGGUAUCACACGAGCAAUUUCGCAUAUUCCGUUCCGAUCAGAAGUGACGGUGAUUACGUUCUCGUCAUGAAGUUCAGUGAAGUCUGGUUCACAGAGCCCAAUAGAAAGAUAUUCGACGUCCAGAUGAAUGACCACAUAGUGGUGGACCACCUGGACAUCUUCGCGACGGUCGGUCUUGGUGUAGCCCAUGACGAAAUCAUUCCAUUCUCAGUUAAGAAUGGCAUCCUUACUGUUAACAAGGAGGCCUCCACAUUCAACGGUGUCCUCAAUAUCGAAUUUGUCAAGCUGAUGCAUGACAACCCUAAAGUAAAUGCAAUCUACAUCAUGAAGGGCAGUGUUGAUGAUCUGCCAUUGUUGCCUCCACUUCAGAGCAUGGAGCACCAGCAUCAGUACAACGAGGAUGAUGAAGAAGAGGAGAUGAUGCAGCAGGACAGUAGCAGCAGCAGACAUCAACAAUCAAAUCAACAAAAACGCCGAAGACCGGUUUCGGAAUUGAAGGUUUCAGAUCCGUAUGCCAGCGAGGAUCCCAGUAGUAUGCUUCUGCCUGUCAUCAUUGCUGUCGCUGCCUUUGUUCCUAUCGUCUUCUGCCUCUGUAGGCUCUAG